GCCCACCAGCCGGCCCACCAGCCGGCCCACCAGCCGGCCCACCAGCCGGCCCACCAGCCGGGCCACCAGCCGGCCCACCCACUCUACCCAACGAAAGGAGCGGGAAGGGCAAACCAUCCGGACCAUGCGGCCCAUCGCAGGCAGAGCUCCCACAGCCAAAGAGCAGCGCUGUCAUGGCUAAUGUCUCAUCACCGAGCGAUAUCCCCAAACCAAGGUUCCCCAAACCCACAGAUGUGCCCAACAGAGAAGGCAAAGUCCCCCGGGUUCCUGCCGUGCCACCACAGCCUGAUGAGGUGAACAACUCGAUACCAAGACAAAGUAUGGCUUUGGAUCCCAGCUGGUACCACGGGAAGGUGACCAGACUUCAGGCAGAAGUCUCCCUCAGAGAGGUGAACAAGGACGGGGCGUUUGUGGUGAGGGACAGCUCGCGUGGCAUGAAUGAGCACCCCUACACCCUGAUGCUGCUCAAGGGAGGCAAGGUUUACAACAUUAUGAUCCGUCGCCAGGGCAACUCCUAUACCCUCGGCAGUGGCUUGAAACAGACCCGGAGUUUCCCCGGGGUGAAGCAGAUGAUUGACCAUCACACCAACACCCCACUGCUGCUCCUCGAAUACACGAACCGGAGCGCUGAUUCGCAGAGCUGGUGCUGCCUGCUGCACCCUCCGAGACUUUGACCGUCACCAUGCAAAAUGUGGGGGGGGGUUGUAAUGUUGUUUGUAUGUUUU